AUGUCUGGACGUGGUUUCGGUGGUCGUGGCGGCGGCCGAGGAGGAGGUCGUGGCUUCAGUGGAGGUCGUGGUGGUGGCGGCGGUCGUGGAGGUGGUCGCGGAGGUGGUCGUGGGUUUGGAGGCGGCCGCGGUGGUGGUCGUGGAGGUGAUCGGGGCGGUCGUGGCGGUGAUCGAGGAGGUCGUGGCGGCCGUGGCGGCGGUCGUGGUGGGGGCCGCGGCGGUAUGGCUGGUGGCUCGAAAGUCGUUGUGGAGCCUCAUCGUCAUGCCGGUAUCUUUAUUGCCCGUGGCAAGGAAGACGCUUUGGUGACACUGAACUCGACACCUGGCAAGUCUGUCUACGGCGAAAAGCGCAUCUCGGUGGAUGUGCCAGCUGCCUCGGGCGAAGGGACUGAAAAGGUCGAGUAUCGCGUGUGGAACCCGUUCCGGUCCAAGGUUGCUGCUGCCAUUUUGGGUGGUGUGGACAAUAUCUGGAUCGUUCCGGGUGCCAAGGUGCUGUACCUUGGCGGUGCUUCUGGUACUACAGUGUCGCACGUUUCUGACAUUGUCGGACCUUCUGGCGCUGUCUACGCUGUUGAGUUCUCGCACCGUGUUGGCCGUGACCUAAUCAAUAUGGCCAAGUCCCGCACGAAUGUAGUGCCGAUCAUUGAAGAUGCUCGUCACCCGCUCAAGUAUCGUAUGCUCGUGCCGAUGGUCGACGUAAUUUUUGCUGAUGUCGCCCAACCUGAUCAGGCGCGUAUUGUUGCAAUCAACGCUUCGCACUUUUUGAAGAACGGCGGUCACUUUGUGAUCUCUAUCAAGGCUAGCUGCAUUGACUCGACGGCCCCUCCUGAGGCCGUGUUUGCCCGUGAGGUCAAGAAGCUACAGCAGGAGCAAUUCAAGCCCGCGGAACAGCUCACGCUGGAGCCGUAUGAGCGUGACCACGCUGUGGUUGUUGGCUCGUACCGUGUGCCCAAGAAGGAGAAGAAGUCUCCGCCCGAGGUGUAG